UUUACAGGAAGCUUUGGUUUUUCUAAAGAUUUUUAUUGUUUCAGAUUGAUAACUAAGAAAAAAAGACAACUAUCAAAGCACGAAGAUAUUUGGUGGACAAUGUUAGUUUGUGAGAUACUGGAACGACGUGAAGAAUUAUAAUUAGAAUAUCGGAGUUUUUUAAUUGUUAUUACGAUAUACUCAAAUAUGUAUAGAAUAUUUACUUAGAUAUGACUAUUAUAAACUCUCGACUCUGUCUGUAUAAAUAGCAACGCUAUGUGAAUGAAUAGAACAACAACUUCAGAAAUUAUUUUAUGAUAUUGUUCUUGUGAUCUAAUUUUUUAUUUUUUUCUUCCUGGAACAACCGCUGCCGUUUAAAACUCUUCUACUUCGUUUUUUUUACUCGAGCAUCUUGUCUCUUGCCUUUGCUUUCACCAUGUCGGAACAGCAAGUCGUUGCAGCAACAUAUGCCUCUACUACCAAAAUAUACUCUCUCAAUGCAUCCGAUAACCCAGGUGCCUUGAUUUUUUUUGUCAUCCUCACAGAAGACAAUUACUAAUCAAGAUCCUCUUCCCUCUUUGAAUCAAGCGUACUCUCGUGUUGUUCGAGAGGAACAAAACAUCAAUGCUGCGACUAUGCGUGAAGUGAACAAAACAGAGGGCAUCGGUUUCUCUGUUCAAGCGAAGGUCGCUUCCCAGGUUACAGCUACCUCUGGCUCUCAGACUCGCGAUCGCUCCACUCUUUCAUGCACCCACUGUCGUCGCCAAGGCCAUGAUGUCUCUGAUUGCUUUCAACUUCAUGGCUUCCCAGAUUGGUAUUUCGAACAAAAAGGUGGUAUUCGUCCCUCCACUUUCGACACUCGUGACGUCUCUAUUCGUGGGAACACUGAUGUUCGUUCUGCUCAAUGUGGUGGCCGUUCAUCCAGACGUCGUGGCAGAGGACCGGUCAACAAUGCUCGUGUUGCAACCACAUCCGACAGCAACACAGACCAGAUUGCUCAACUAAUCAACUUGCUUCAAAGCCAACGUCCGUCCACCACAUCUGAAAAAUUGUCGGGACCGUUUUUUGAGGACUUUGAUUGGAGCAGAGGAGGAACGUGAGGGAGUGUACUACUUUACCGGUGUGUCCGCUGCAGGUGUCCACAAAUCAUCCAAGGAUUCUAGCUUAGUGGCCUUGUGGCAUCGUAGAUUAGGACACCCAUCUACCAGUGUUUUGUUAUCCUUACCCGAAUGUGUAUGUUCCUCCAAUGAUGUUGGAGAGAUCAAAAGUUGCGAUAUUUAUUUUCGUUCUAAACAAACAAGAGAGGUUUUUGCUGAUAGCAUUAAUAAAGCUUUGGAUUGUUUUUCACUUG